CAGAAGCCGACCAACAAAAGCUAUGUGAAACACGAACGCGAAAACCUUAAAAUCUCCCAACUCUUAACAUAAGAAAGCAAAAAAAAACAUUUAACUCACAAGACAUGGAACUCUUAGUUGCCGUAUCCUCGAUCCUCAUCAUCAUCGUAACCGUUCUCCUCCUUAAUCUCCUCUUCAAACGCACUUCCUCUUCCACCGCUAAGAAUAACGCAAACGCACCACCGUCACCGCCGGGGCUUCCGGUGAUCGGAAACCUCCUCCAGCUUGGCCGCCACCCUCACCGCUCUCUAUGCUCCCUCAGCCACCGAUACGGGCCGCUCAUGCUCCUCCACCUCGGGAAAGUCCCCGUCUUGGUCGUCUCCUCCGCAGACGCGGCUCGAGGCGUUUUGAAAACGUACGAUCUCGCGUUUGCAAGCCGUCCCAGGUCGAAGUUGUUCAAGAAGCUUUUGUAUGAUGGAAGAGAUGUGGCACUCGCACCUUAUGGAGAGUAUUGGAGACAGAUGAAGCGGUCGACAGUUAGCAACAAAAUGAUUCGAUCUUUCCGGAACGUGAGGGAAAAAGAGGUGAAACUGAUGACGGAGAAGAUCGAGAAAGCUGCGUCGUCUUCUUCGCCGUUGAACGUAAGCGAGAUCUUUACAACACUGACAAACGAUGUGAUAUGUCGAGUUGCAUUGGGCAGAAAGUACGGAGGAGAUGUAAAUUUCGAGGAGUUGAUGAGGAGAUUCACGAAGAUGUUGGGCAAAUUCUGCGUCAGCGACCACGUUCCGUGGUUAGGGUGGAUAGAUAGGAUCUGUGGUUUGGAUGACGAGCUAGAAAAGAUCGGAAACGAGUUCGACGAGUUCCUCGAAGGAGUCGUGAAAGAUCAUUUAGAUGGUGAAGGAAAUACGGCCGACUUCGUUGACGUGUUGCUCGAGAUUCAAAGAGAAAAGAAACUCGGGUUCGAGAUCGAUAUGGUCGGCAUAAAAGCUAUAAUCUUGGAUGUAUUCGUGGGUGGUACGGACACAUCGUCCACAUUACUAGAAUGGGCAAUGACAGAACUUAUGAGACAUCCAGAAUCUAUGAACAGACUGAAAGAAGAAGUACGUUGUUGUACGGUCGGAAGACAUAAACAGAACGUGUCGGAAGAUGGCAUUCACGAGAUGAAGUACUUAAAAGCUGUGAUCAAAGAGUCUCUCCGGUUGCAUCCUCCGCUUCCAUUACUAGCCGCUCGAGAAUCCAUCCGACACGCCAAAUUCCAAGGUUAUGAUAUUCCAUUGGGCACUCAGGUGAUGAUCAAUGCUUGGGCGGUGGGGCGGGAAACCGCAACAUGGGGAGUGGAUGCGGAAGUGUUUAGGCCGGAAAGGCAUUUAGAUUCGGAUGUGGAUUUUCGGGGACAGGAUUUCAAGUUGGUUCCUUUUGGGGCAGGGAGAAGGAUAUGCCCGGGAAUAGCGUUUGCGAUAGCAAUCGACGAACUUGCGUUGGCAAACGCAGUCCACCGGUUCGAUUGGAAAACAGCAAAGGGAACAAAUGAGGACCGAACCGGAGAAGUAUCCGAAUCAACUGGUAUUCCGGUUCACCGAUUGUCCCCUCUCAUUGCGUUUGCACAUCCCACUUGACCAGACCAGACGUCUAGCAAAAUAAAUGGAAAAAAUAAUACUAAACGUGAAACGCGACAAAAUUAUAUCCUUCAUCAUGGGGUUGGUUGCGACAUGUUUUCUUUUCUUCUUUUCCACAUAAAUUAGAGACCGUACUUGUUUUAAUUAUAAUCA